CGAUAUAAUGUGACAAUCAAUCCCACUAUUCAUUAAUAAAGAGCAGCCCAAGAGUUGGCGGUGUUGACUAACUGACUUCCCUCAGCUCUAGUCUUCUGACUUAAUAUGACCUAAGCCUUUAUACAUCCCAUUGUGUAGGUUUUGUAGUGAUUUCUAAGCUGCAUCAUAUUCUAGAGGGUGUAGUGGGCCAGGGCUGAUGUUGGAACUGCUAACAAAUACACCGGGUGUUCUUGAGGUAGUGAUGGCGAUAUCAAAAUAGAAGUUUCAGCAUUUGUGAUGAUACAGCAGUUGUCUGACAUUGGGUUGCUUCCUGGGGCUUCUCUGCUGAUGUUGAGAGUUUUAAAUUUAGGAAGGUCUUGCUUUGAGUACACGUGAGUUUUGUUUAGAUGUUAUGAAUAGUUUUCUUUUUGUGGGAUGUUUAGACUUUUCCUCCUGUUUCUCCCUGGCCAAUUUUAUAUGGAUCAUACUGGUGGUCAUAGCUAUAUCUCUGGGUCAUUGUUAUCCAGUAUCAAGCUGCCAGUAGUCUCCUAAAGAUUCUGAAUGCCAGAUGUUCUAAUGUGCAGAAUAUUCUUCUCUAUUUCUCCAUUAGCUCCUCUUCAACCAUGAUCAGACCUAGUGCUGCUUCUGGAAUAUAUGGAACCUUGAGCUUGGAGCUGAGAAGUCCCUUGUUGCGUCCUCUAUUGGCUUUCGGAGGUAAAGAUAUAUCCAGUUGGUUUGACGAUGAAAUUGGUGAGCUUAAACAACACGUAGACCCUAUUACAAACUGUGUGAUACCCUUCACACCACACGGAAGAUUCAUCCAUGUCCCUCCGAAACAGCCACGAACGGAUUGGUGUAACGACUUUAACAUUCCCUGGUGGAAAGAUGACAGGUACAUGGUAGGAAGACUGACUGCUAGAUCUAGGAAAAUUUGUAUAGUUAAUACCCUUACAUCCGGAAAAGUAGUUAUGGAGGUGUGCUGUGAAGAAACUUUGAACGAAAUUUUAUACCGUUAUCUGACCUUCAAUUGUCAUGCAGCCAGCUACACGUGGAAGUACCAGGGAAGGCCACUGGACAUGACUAAAACUUUGGAAGAAAACGGAAUACCUGAUCGUAGCUGUGAGAUAGAAAGCUUGCGACUUGACGAAGACGAUUUUCAUCCUUUUAUUCAUAUUUAUUUUAACGAUGACUUAACAGAAAUGUGACCCUGUUUUGUAAUUUAUUUAAUUUGGUUUGAUACUUGAACAAUUUCUUCUUCGGUAAUAAACAUAUUACAAAGUUC